UUACUAUGGACUCCCACUCACAGAAACCCUAGUUCACAUGUGCGUUUGCUUAUAUAUAUAAGCUCGAGCAACCCUUUGUAACGAAGGGCUGGGCGGCAGAGAAAACCCUAGUUAGUCAAACCAAGGGUCGAAGCGAUGGCCGUGCCUCUGUUGACGAAGAAGAUCGUGAAGAAGAGGGAUAAGAAGUUCAAGAGGCCUUGGAGCGACCGCUUGGUGUCUGUUAAGCCGAACUGGCGCAGACCAAAAGGUAUUGAUUCUCGUGUGAGAAGGAAGUUCAAGGGAUGCAUCCUUAUGCCCAAUAUUGGCUACGGUUCUGACAAGAAGACCCGCCAUUAUCUUCCCAACGGUUUCAAGAAAUUUGUUGUACACAAUGCUAAAGAGCUUGAACUUCUGAUGAUGCACAAUAGGACUUACUGUGCAGAGAUUGCGCACAAUGUGUCAACAAGGAAGAGGAAAGAGAUCGUGGAGCGAGCUGCCCAGCUUGAUGUAGUUGUUACCAACAAACUUGCCAGGCUGCGCAGCCAGGAAGAUGAAUGAGCUUUUUUUUUUUUGAGAUAUUUUUCACAUUACAUUUUGGUAGUAAACUUCUUUGUUAAUGCAAUCUUAUUGCAUUGGAUCAUUUUUAUUUGUUAUGUCAUCGACAAUAUAAUUUUGAUCCUUGGCUCUGUUAUGAGCUAUUUGCUUGAUAA